CGACUCGUUCCCCUUCUGAUCAUUGCGGUUUGGGCAGGAAGCGGUAAACCGGCAAUGCACUGGUUAAUCCCCCACAUGCUGCACUUUUUGCAGAUUUCCGCGUUGUCACCAUUUCCGCUGCUUUCCCCCAUCCUCUCCAAACACAGCCUCGGCUCCUCACACCAUGGAUGACCCCGACCCACCCGAGCAAUCACAGCCUGGCCGAUCCGCUCUAGGCGCCCUUAUUCCGAGCAAGGAGUUCCUGAGUACCCGCAAGGGGCAGCUGCUGCUGGCAGAAUGGGUUGUGUCCUUUCUCACUUUCAUCUGUUACGUGUCCUCAACUGCUAUAGCGCUUAUGACUGUGCCGCUAAUAGAAUUCCUGUGGGCCCUUUUCACUUUUUAUGCAUAUUCUUCUAAAUUUAAUGAGCAGCUGAAAGGAAUCUACUGGCCUCUGCUGGAUUUCAUUCGCUGUGUCACAGCUGCCAUUAUAUAUUUUGUGGUAUCUCUUGUUGCCGUCUCAAAUUACACCGGUGGAGCAUCAAAAGCUGCAGCAGUUUUUGGAUUUAUUGCUACAAUUGUGUUCGCCAUAGAUUUCUAUGUGAUCUUCAAUGACUUGACUGCUUUCCUCAAGAAGGGAGAUUCCACUGAAGAUGCAGAACAAAGAAAGUCAGAAGAAGAAGACUCUAGUUUUGAUGAUGAUGACUGAAAACAAUGGAAAUCUAUGAUCUAGAACACCUUUUUCCACAGGGCAGACUACAACUUCCUUCAGUACAUGCCCUAGCCUGGAAAACAGAGGCUAAGUAUGCCGCACGGUGUGCUCUUUAUUCAUUAUGAAGGGACACUGCUUUUACCUUGAGAAGAAAUAUUUGAACUACUGUAUCAUGUGAAGAAAAAAACAGCCAGAACAAUCUGGAAUGUGCAGACUAUAUGACCCAACAAUCACUGUUAAAAAAAGAGUUGCUGGCAACUGACUGCAAACAGGAAGGAGGAGACAGGCAACACCAUGAUAACCUAAUGCUGGCCAAUAGGACUGCCCUGUGAAUAAGAUGAGCCAAUAGGGUUUGUGUUACCCUUGAGAGUUACAUUUAUAACCAGGUAUAUUUUGUGUCACAAUUGACAAGAUAUACACACACUGACUAUUAUUGUGGUCAUUCAAAACAGAUUCCUGGUCUGUAAGCAGACCCUGUGUAUGAAGCAGUCAUUUUUGCACUCCAUAAUAGUGGUGGGCAAGUGGCAGCCCUCCAGAGUAAGAAAGGCAGCCAUUUUUACUCCCUCUCCGCCUUACUUUUCUUGCUUAAUUCAUUCUCCCACAUUCAUAGGGGGAUUUAAACACUUCCUGGGACAUAUAAGGGUCAAAAGUUACAUAGUGGGCACUUUGAAGUUUUGGGAGAUUACCUUGUGACCUUUUUUAAGAAGACUAUGACUGCAUAUGUGGCUUUUUGGUAGAUCACUACUCUACGCAAGACUUUGUUUACAUAAGGUAACCAGAUGUUGUACUAAAAAUAUAUAUAUAGCAUUCAGAAAGCUUUAGCGUAACACUUCAUUGUAACAUGUACAAAAAAAGAACCACUAAAAAUAAUUUUUAUAUAUAUUUUCACCUAAAUGUAGAAUUAUUCAAACUGUAAAUGUUUUUAAACUGUAUAAAAUCACUUUCCAACAAAAGGAAAAAAAAGAAACUAUGGCUGGAAUAUAUUAAACUGUGCUGUGCUUUGUACCCAGAUUUAUACAGUAUGUCUGUAGAUGUUUUGUAAGACAUCUGAAUUCAUCUCAUGAUCCAGCAGCUGACCUUUGUCAUGUUUUUAAUAAUAUAAAUGCAAUGUUUUGUCUAA